GGACAGAAACAGGAGCAGGAGCGUAGUAGGAAGAAAAAUAAAGCCAGGAUAACUUCUAACUUGAAACAAGUAUUAUGCCUUCAGAACCUAAUCAGAUGCGGCAAGAGGAGGUCAUUCCUCUGAUCGUGAGGUAACAUUUGUAACAUGUUCAUGUUGUGUCUUGGUUGCCCAUGCUCAUGGCCUGGUGGAAGAAAAAGACCCAACUUGCUGAAUAUGGCUAUGCACAGUUGGCACUCAUGGUAGCUGAACAAACACAUACAUCAGCAUCUAUCAAGCCUAGUUCUCAGCUCAGUGAAAUGCUGUACAUUGCCCGCGAGGAAUCUGUCGAAAUUGAGCCCACAGACUACUUCAAAGUGGAGGCAUCUCAAUUUAUGGAUGAAGAUGACGACCUUGAAGUAGGAUCAAACCUUACACGGUUAAACUUGGAUACCGAUCCGAAAUCAUCGCCACUUUAUCCGCCCACGCUCAAUAUGGUUCAUACAACAACACACAAGGAGGCAGUGACUUGUACAGCGUUCACCCGAGACGGACGAUACGCAGCCUCAGGUUCUGCAGAUUCCUCACUCAAAAUUGUGGAUGUGAAUAAAAUGAAACAAGCUAGUGAUGAUGUACAUCCGGUCAUCCGCACACUUUAUGAUCAUGAGACUCCUGUGACAGAUGUUGAUUUUCACCCUAAUGGCUUGGUGCUUGCAGCAAGCUCAGACACCGUUGUUAAGCUGUAUGAUAUUUCAAAACCUUCUGUGAAGCGAUCCUUUCGAUACCUUCAGGACUCGCAUCCCAUCAACUCAAUCUCAUUCCACCCGUCUGGCGAUUUUCUAUUGGUUGGUUCGGAAGCCGAGACUGUCCGGAUUUUUGAUGUCAAAACCCUUCAAUGCUUCACUCCCCGAGCCUUCACAGGCCCUCCACAACAUACACCAUCCUCAGCCUCAACAUCUUCUGUCGACAUUGCGGCUCAACAGCAACAGCAGGGUCCACAUCGUGGAGGUAUCAAUCAUAUCGAAUAUGCGUCUACGGGGUCUGUAUUCAUCACUGCAUCCCAAGACGGUUCCAUUAAAGUUUGGGAUGCUAUUGCAGGAAAAGUUGUACGGACGAUCGAAAAUGCACAUUCAGGUAAAGGUGUCACCACAGCCACGAUCUCCAAGAAUGGCAAAUACAUUUUAUCAGGCGGUUGGGAUUCUGUAAGCAAAUUAUGGGAUUUAGGCUCCGGUAAACUUAUCCAUGGAUUCCAAGGCGCCGCUCAAAAGGCAGUUAAACAAUCUACUGUCUUCUCCUACAAUGAGGAUUUUGUUUUUAGCUCGGAUGAGUCCAAUAACACGAUCGUCUGCUGGGACUCUCGCACAGGCACCUUGUUGAAGCGCUAUUUUGGUCAAGAGGGUGUCAUUCGCUCCAUUUCAGCCUCUCCGGCUGAGAACGCUAUCGUUAGUGGUGGUAAUGAUAAUCGUGUCCGAUUUUGGUGUGUGCCUAAUGCUCCCCUGGCUCCAGCUGAGCCCGUUUAGGC